UUAACUCCCAGCAGUGUCGAGGUACGGUCGCGCCACUCGAUGCUGUGAUUCAACGCGAGCAUUCUGUAAAACACGACUGUCGUUACGUACACUGUUUACUGACUUUAAAAAUUCGUACCGUUAACUUCGUUUUAUAAUAAAACAACGCGUACAUGUUAUUUUAAAUUGUUUUAGGAUAUAAAUUAUCCUGGACGUCUUAAGUGAAAUAUGGAAUUUGUGAAUCAAGUUAGUCAGUGUUCCAGUGCAAUUACAAGGACUCCUUAUUAAAUUAGAACCGAUUGGAUUAUAAAUUGAUGGAUACUUCACAUCCGGCAAGGGGACACAGUCAACUAAUGCCGACGGAAAAAACAUGACACUACGUUUUCUCUCAGUUGAUUUUCUUCUAUCUUGAUGAUUGAUUUUGAUCACUAUGGCUUUUCAAGAAAUAUACUUCAAGAAUUCAGUCGUCGCCUACAUUAUAUUUUUAUUUAUUUUGAGGUUAAAUGUCGCCGAUCAGAGUUCAUUUCCGCUGAAAUAUGAAGCUCCUGAUGAUUGUCAGUGGUGGCUAAAGGGUCCUAACGACGCCCACGAAGUGUCCCUUACGUGUAAAUUACGGACAAUUAACAGUGAAUUCGAUACAACCAACUUUAGUGUUAUUCCUUCUGAGCACACAACUUCUCUCAGAAUUGAGUGUAACGAAGAGAUUAUGUACAAAAGCUCUCUCGAUGAUCGUAGUUUUGCGCAUCUAGUGAAGUUACGUGAGCUUAUAUUGGACAACUGUAAAAUUGGACGAUGGCCCCCGGGUGUGCUCUCUGGACUGAGAGACCUUCGAAAUCUUACAGUAAGAACAAAAAAUACCGAAUGGAGUGCAAUGAGCUUAGAAAUAGCGUCAGAAAGCUUUACAGCCGUGCGUCAAUUAGAAAAACUGGAUUUAAGUUUUAACAACAUCUGGUCGUUUCCUGAAAAUUUGUUUUGCCCAUUAACGAAUUUAGUUUAUCUAAACGUUUCCUCAAAUAGACUUCAGGAUGUCAGUGAUUUGGGAUUCAGAGAAAGGGCAAUGCAUCAAGCUUUAAUUAGUGAACACGAGGGACCACCGCCAUCGGCAUUGAUUCCUCACGCAUCGUGCUCCUUAGAUAUCGAAGUGUUAGAUGCCUCCAAUAAUCAUUUUGUGUUAAUGCCCGAAAAUGGAUUUCAUGCCUUACGCAGAUUAAAAGAACUGCACAUUCAUGAUAAUGAAAUAUCGAUGGUGGCUGACAAAGCGCUAGCGGGCCUUAAACAGUUACAAAUAAUAGAUCUCUCCAACAAUAAAAUUGUGGCCCUCCCUCAAGACCUUUUCAAAGAUUGUAGGCCGGUGAUAAAAGAAAUAUAUCUACAAAAUAAUUCAAUAAGUGUGCUUUCUCCUACACUAUUCGCCAACCUUGAUCAAUUAUUGGCGCUAGAUUUAUCAAAUAAUCACCUCACGAGUACGUGGAUUAAUGAAAAUACUUUCGCUGGUCUUAUUAGAAUGGUACUACUUAAUUUAUCUAACAACCGAUUAACAAAACUAGAUCCAAAAAUAUUCAAGGACUUGUAUACACUACAGAUUUUAAAUGUUCAGCGUAAUAUGCUGGAAAGUAUUGCUGCAGACACAUUUGCUCCUAUGAAUAAUCUGCAUACGCUGAUUUUGUCAUAUAAUAAGAUAUCACAUAUGGAUGCCUACGCACUGAAUGGUCUCUACGUAUUAUCUUUAUUAUCCAUUGAUUAUAAUCGUCUUGAAGAAUUGCAUCCGGAAGCGUUUCGAAACACUUCUUCUUUACAAGACCUCAAUUUAAAUAGUAAUCGAUUGAAAAAAGUACCUACAGCGCUGAGAAACAUGCGCUUAUUACGAACUCUCGACCUUGGUGAAAAUCAAAUAACCUCAUUGGAAGAACCUGGUUUUGUUGGACUGCAUAACGUAUACGGACUACGUCUGAUUGGAAACAAGAUAGAAAAGAUAAGUAAGGAUGUAUUUAGCGAUUUACCAUCGUUGCAAAUUUUAAACUUAGCGCGUAAUAAAUUACGCUUUAUAGAUACUAGUGCAUUUGAAAAUUUAAAGACAUUACAAGCAAUUAGAUUAGAUGCCAACCAGAUUACAGACAUCCAAGGGCUUUUUGUAAAUACUUCUUCUCUGAUGUGGUUAAACGUCUCAGAUAACAAAAUAGACCGGUUUGAUUACUCUGCUAUUCCGAAGAAACUUCAAUGGCUGGAUCUCCAUAGUAACAAUAUUAAAGAAUUGGGAAAUAGUUACCGCUUAGAUAAGGAAUUGCUAUUACAGACAUUAGACGCUAGCUUCAACAAAAUGACAAAAAUAUUUACCUACUCUAUUCCCAGUAGUAUCGAGCUGCUCUUCUUGAACGAUAAUCAAAUUACACAAGUUGAGGCUCAAACUUUCGUUGGAAAAACCAAUUUAACGAGAGUCGAUUUGUAUGCAAAUCAGAUCACUAGUAUGGAUCUCAAUGCGCUUCGCCUAACUCCAGUUGAUCCGGGGAGGCCUCUGCCCGAAUUUUAUAUUGGUGGAAAUCCAUUUCAGUGUGAUUGUACUAUGGAGUGGUUACAACGUAUAAAUAAACUAGAUCACCUCCGACAACACCCUAGAGUGAUGGACCUAGAAAGUAUUUAUUGCAAACUGUUAUAUAAUCGUGAAAGGACCUAUAUACCUCUAGUUGACGCUGAGUCAUCUCAGUUUUUGUGUACAUAUAAAACUCAUUGUUUUACGUUGUGUCAUUGUUGUGAUUUUGACGCGUGUGAUUGUGAAAUGACGUGCCCGUCGAACUGUACCUGUUAUCAUGACCAACCGUGGUCGGCAAAUAUUGUGGACUGUUCAGCUGCUGGGUAUUCUGAAAUACCUAACAGUAUACCUAUGGACGCUACGGAACUGUAUCUAGACGGUAAUAACUUCGGCAGCUUAACAAGCCACGCUUUUAUAGGUCGUAAGAACUUAAAAAUAUUGUACGCAAAUAACUCGAAUAUUGACGCUCUGUAUAAUAAUACAUUUAGUGGACUAAAACGCUUGACUGUAUUGCAUUUAGAAAAGAACAACAUAAAGGAGCUGUUAGGAUUUGAAUUAUCGCCCUUAGAGAAUUUACGGGAAUUGCAUCUCCAAGACAAUAAAAUACAUUAUAUCGAUAAUCGAACGUUCAUCGAACUUAUGCAUUUAGAAGUUUUACGGCUCGAGGGAAACAACAUUUAUAGCUUCGCCGUGUGGCAAUUCACGAUGAAUCCAUAUUUGGUAGAGAUAAGUCUUUCACGCAAUCCCUGGUCCUGUGACUGUCUAUACAUACAUAAAUUCCGAAAUUGGUUUCGAAACAACCUCGGUAAAGUUGAAGAUGCCAAGAAAAUUACCUGUAUCUUUGACAAUAUUACUAACGCAGUUGGACCUCACAUGUCCGACUUUAACUCAACGAUUUGUACAAGUCACGUCGGUGGAGUUUCAUCGAUUAUCGAGAACCAAGUCAUAAAUGAUUACCUCCCAUUAUUGUUGAUAUCACUAUGCGUAUUUGUGAUAAGCUCUGUCCUCAUAUGCGGCGUAUUUUACUGGAGACGUGAAUUGAGAGUAUGGAUAUAUUACCAUUGUGGAUUAAGAAUGUGCUAUAAAAACACAUCGUUCGAUGACGAAGCCGAUAAAGACAGAUUAUUUGACGCCUACAUAAGUUAUAGCGUGAAAGACGAGGCCUUUGUAGCUCAAAUGCUUGCUCCGGGCUUAGAAUCUACAGAUCCUAGUUUUCGGCUGUGUUUACACUACCGCGACUUCAACGCGUCGGCCUACGUAGCAGACACAAUUAUCGAGGCCGUUGAAUCCUCGAAAAGAACAAUUAUAGUGUUAUCUAAAAACUUUAUAAAUAACGAAUGGUGUAGAUUCGAGUUUAAAACGGCUCUCCAUGAAGUGUUAAAAGAAAGGCGAAGAAGACUGAUAAUAAUAUUGUUAGGUGAUUUACCGAAUAGAGACAUUGAUCCCGAGUUGAGGUUGUGUUUAAAAGCGAAUACGUGUAUAGAGUGGGGUGAUAGACAGUUUUGGCAAAAGUUAAGGUUCGCAAUGCCGGACUUGCGGAAGUGUCAAUAUCACCGAUCGACGGUGAAUAUUUACGCGUCGGUGUCACCUAUGGGGGCAGGGCGGGCGCCGGCGCCGCCCCCGCCCCCGCCGCCUGGCAAGCUGCCCCCCUUGCUGGGUGACGGCCUGGCGGACCGGCUCGCUGUCUCCACGAGCGUCCAUGCGCGUGACGCACACCCCCACCGCAUACCGCCGCACGCGCAGCUGUGGGCGUAGCGUAUGCUUCAACGCAGUGCCUCAUCAGAACGCACUGCGUACACCUGGCUUCCGGAUACCAGGAUUGAAUUCUCUUCACCCUACAGUCGCCGUCAGAGCUCCAACUCCACUGUCUACGAGAGUGACUGAUGUUGCGACUCCUUCGAUCAACUCGAAGAAGCAUUGUUAUAAGACAAUUUUGUGCGCGAUUGUACAUCGGUUUGUUAAUACCAGUGAAUUAAGAAUAUUAUUUAGAGUAUAGCUGCCCUUACUGCAAACGAAGAGAGUAUUUUGACCUAUAUAAUGGACCUGGGAGCAAAAUUUAUUUGGAGAAAUUAAGUGUAUACGCCAAAAUUUUUCUCUAUUGAAAAUAUGAUAAAUUAACCAAAGAAUGUUCCCUAGCAGAUGUUAAAAAUAUCAGUACUAAAUUCCCGUCAGACGGAAUCUUCCUAACAUUUUUGCCCAUAAAUUUGCUAAUAUUCCCCGCAUUUACCGAGAUGGGAGCGUAAAACUUCUUAGUUACUCAAAAUGAAUAUUUAUGGCUUACAUGUAUAGCCCAUUUAUGGGCAAAGUUGAUGUAUAGAACUAUUGCUACUUAAUUCUAAGCUUUUCGUUUCCAAUAAUGAAUUCGGUCGCUAUUUUAUUACAUUUUCACGAUAUUCAUAGACCGUAUUAUCACGAUAUUGUAUCCAUUUUCUUGAACCUACUUAACUAUUCUAUAAGCGUAGUAGCUGUAAGGAAAGUUUUCAUAUAAGGCUUUAUACGGGGCCUAGUUAUGUAAAGUGGAUUUUAUAUAUUUUUAGGAGAUGACAUCAUCUUUGUAGAUAGACCUUAUGUGAAAAUUGAGUAUUGGCAAUAUCAUAUUUAAAAAUAUCUUUGUUCCUAAUUUAAAAUCUGUAAAUUUUUCACACUCCACGUACUUUGUAAAAAUACGUUUUUCAUUUGUUAAUACGAUAAGUUUAGCAAUAUAAAUGUUAAAGCUAUUGUUAAGAAAGUCCUACAAAUUCUUAAAAUGAUAGUAAUUAGAUAGAAAUAAUAAAUAAUUUGCUGUGAUUUUGAUUUACGAGAAUUUCAUUUAAACAAUUAUGUACAGUAGUUACGUAAGUGUUAGUACUGUAUAUAAUAAGAUUUAUUUUUGUAAAAUAGACUGCCACGGGUUUCAAACACACGAUAUCUAGCAUAUUGUUAAAUGUACAUAUAUAAGGUAGAAAUACUUUUCAUUUAAUGUUGAAAUUAAGAAAUUGCAUAGUUAUGGAUAACAACUAUUUUAUCAUUUAUCUGUAAAAUACAGCAUGUCCAUUAUAACAAUUUAAUUAAUUUAUCAAGGAUUUUAUUUACAUGUCAUGGAAAAACAUCGUUGUCGAAAAAAAAUUAUUGUGUGUAUUAAAAAAAUCAUAAAUAAUUUUUGUAAUAUAUUACAUUGAAUUGUAGUCGGCACGUAUUUUGGAAAUAUACUUCUAGUAGCAAGACCAUGAUAACGACUUCUUCUUCUUCUUAUUUGUUUCGAGAACGAUUCAUUACCUUUCUAACACUUUUUACUUUCAUGAACGAUCACUUACUAACUGGAAAAGAUUUUGCGUCUUUAUUAAAAGUUUACACAUGUACUUCUAGUAGCAAAAUACGAACGAAUACUGCGCUAACGAAUCAUUUCAAUUUUCGUUUCGAGAAACAUCCAUCACCAUUUUAACAUCUUUUAAUUUCAUUUUAAUUUCCUCAUUUGGAAUGACUUUGCGUCGUUAUGGAAAGUUCGCACAUGUACUUCUAGAAGUAAAAUACUAAGGACUACUUCAUAUAUGCUUGAAAAAAUGAAGCUUUUUAUCGGAAGUUUGGGGACAUGCUGUACCUAAUGUCUUACACUAAAUAUAAAACAAAAUGUACUCAUUAAACCACAGACCUACAUGUAGAUAUAAAUACAAUUUAUCCCUCAAUAAUUUAAUUACAAAAUAAAUUUAACUCUCUUAUACCUAUUAAAAUUUUUGAACAUAUGAAUAUAAUUAAUAACAUUUAGCUUUAGAACAAAAGUGGCCUACAAAGUGCAAUUGUAACCAAAAAUAAUGGAUUUUAUUAAACAUUUUCGAAAUAGGUCACUUUCGCUCUAACAUAUAUUAAUAAUUUAUUCCUCUUUAUCGUUUAACCUUCCAUGUAAUUAACAAUCGAAACAUUUUGUAUA